UACAUACAGUCUCCAGUUAAUGUGUAUUACGUUUUACGUGAUGUGAAGCCAUGUAUUUGCUCAAAGAAAUGUAGAAACUAGGAAUAUGUGUUGCAGUGUCAAGAGGGGAUGAUGGCGGUGUAUUCUGGCAGGAAUGGGACAAUGUUUCUAGACAAGUUUAAUGCAACAAUAGAGUACUCGGUACUCAUUCGGACCAUGACUAUGUGUUUCCAUUUUUUGAAAUUAUUAAACUGGAUCGAGGGACAAUAGUCCGUGUGUCUAUUUAAAACAGACAACACAGAAAAUCUGCUAGAGGAUAAUUUAUAAAGGGAAAGGAGAGAAGAGAGAACACGUUGGUAGAAAUGAAAGAUACAACGAGUAAGAAAUAUGAACAGCUUUUAGACGACAAUGAACUCGACGUUGCUGCGGACAAGGAACAUGACGACGAGAAUGCAGUAUUGAAGGAAGUUGCUAAAGAUCAAAACCCAGAAAUGUGGUUAACGACUAAUGAGGCAGCCAGUCUUGGUGCGGAAGAAGUAGCAGCUAGAUUGCAUGUCGAUAUAAGAAGAGGACUAUGGUGGCAAGAGGCUGAUCUCCGGAGUCAGAUGGUUGGAUACAAUGAAUUUAGCGUUAAAGAAGAAGAACCAACAUGGAAGAAAUAUGUUGAACAGUUUAAAAAUCCUUUGAUUCUAUUAUUACUUGGUUCUGCUUUCGUUAGUGUAUGUAUGAAACAAUUUGACGAUGCCGUCAGUAUUACAGUAGCUAUCAUAAUAGUAGUAACAGUUGCAUUUGUACAAGAAUACCGCUCUGAAAAAUCCUUAGAAGAAUUAAAUAAACUGGUGCCACCGACUUGUCACUGUUUACGAGAAGGUCGUUUGGAAACAUUUCUUGCUCGCAACUUAGUUCCCGGUGAUAUAGUUUAUUUAAAUAUCGGAGAUAGAGUACCUGCGGAUAUCAGGAUAUUCGAAGCAAUAGAUUUAACAAUCGACGAAAGCAGUUUUACUGGAGAAACCGAACCAGCACAAAAAUCAACAGCUCCGUUACUUAAAGCUAACGGGUUGACAACAAAGAAAAAUAUAGUGUUUAUGGGUACGUUGGUGCGCUGUGGAAAUGGAAAAGGGAUAGUAGUCAACACAGGGAAAAAAAGCGAAUUCGGACAAGUUUUUUCAAUGAUGCAAGCCGAAGAAGCUCCGAAGACACCGCUUCAAAAAAGUAUGGAUAUUUUGGGCACUCAAUUGUCCUUUUACUCAUUUUGUAUCAUUGGUAUUAUUAUGCUUCUUGGCUGGAUCCAGGGCAAAGCUAUACUUGAAAUGUUUACAAUCAGUGUAAGUUUGGCAGUGGCAGCUAUACCAGAAGGUUUACCCAUUGUUGUAACCGUAACUUUGGCAUUAGGCGUUAUGAGGAUGGCUAAAAGAAAAGCCAUUGUCAAAAAAUUACCAACGGUUGAAACACUUGGUUGCGUGAACGUGAUAUGCUCUGAUAAAACUGGAACUAUUACGAAGAACGAGAUGACUGCUACGAUACUGAUAACUUCCGAAGGAUAUAUAGCUGACAUUACCGGCACUGGUUAUAACGAUAAGGGAGAAGUACGAAUCCGAAAGUGCGACAAUUAUGACCUUGCACGCACUGCUAUCAGCAACAUGCUGGAAGUAGGAUGUGUCUGCAAUAAUGCUAUAAUACAGAAUGAUACUCUGCUUGGUCAACCAACGGAAGGUGCACUGAUAGCAUUAGCCGUAAAAUACGGAAUGUAUGGAGUCGCUGAUAAAUAUUUACGGCUACAAGAAUAUCCAUUCUCCUCGGAACAAAAAAUGAUGGCUGUGAAAUGUGCACCAAAAUAUGGGGAGAAUAGGCAAGAAAUAUAUUUUGUAAAAGGUGCUCUGGAAAAAAUCUUACCUCAGUGUACCAAGUACUCUGCUAAUGGUCAAGUAUAUUCUCUUAAUCAAAAGAAGGAUGAAGAAUUUCUAACGGAAGCUUACGAUAUUGGACAACAAGGAUUAAGAGUAAUUGGAUUAGCACGUGGUACAUCAUUACAAGAUCUUGUGUAUGUUGGUCUCGUGGGUAUAUGCGAUCCUCCUCGACCACAUGUUCGCGAAUCUAUAGCAACUCUCGUUAACAGCGGCGUUAAAGUCAAGAUGGUUACAGGUGAUGCCAAAGAAACUGCAGCAGCAAUAGCAAGUAUGAUCGGACUGGAUAUACUUCACUCGCGUCUAAUGUCUGGAGAUGAAAUUGACUCGAUGUCCGAACAUCAAUUAGAACAGUGUAUCAAUAAUGUUAGUGUGUUCUAUCGUGUUACACCCAAGCACAAAUUAUGCAUCGUUAAAGCUUUGCAAAGGGAAGGAAAUAUAGUGGGCAUGACAGGUGAUGGUGUAAACGAUGGAGUUGCUUUGAAAAAAGCGGAUAUAGGUAUCGCUAUGGGUAAAAAUGGUACCGAUGUUUGCAAAGAAGCUGCAGACAUGAUUCUGCUGGAUGACGAUUUUGGAACUAUUAUCGAUGCAAUCGAAGAGGGGAAAGGAAUAUUUCAUAAUAUACGAAAUUUUGUAAGAUUUCAAUUAAGUACUAGUAUAGCUGCUCUUUCUUUGAUUGCUCUCGCUACUCUGAUGGGUAUACCAAAUCCUUUAAAUGCCAUGCAAAUCCUUUGGAUUAAUAUUAUUAUGGAUGGUCCACCCGCUCAAAGCCUUGGUGUCGAACCAGUUGAUAAGGAUGUCUUGAAACAGAAACCACGUAACACGAAAGAAUUAAUGAUUACGCGACAUCUUAUUGUCAAUGUAUUAUUAUCUGCCAUUAUUAUCAUUGUUGGUACUUUAUGGGUUUAUAACAAAGAGAUGACGAAUGGUACUACUGCAAGGGAUACAACCAUGACAUUUACGUGUUUCGUUUUCUUCGAUAUGUUUAACGCUCUAAGUUGUAGAUCACAGACAAAGUCGAUAUUCACUAUUGGUUUAUGGAGUAACAAGAUGUUCCUGGUAGCUGUUACAUUAUCGGUAAUAGGACAAAUGUUAGUGAUCUACUUCCCACCAUUGCAACGAGUUUUCCAAACUGAAGCUCUCACGGCAAAGGAUAUUUUAUUCUUGGUUGCGUUAACUUCGAGCGUUUUCGCGGUCAGCGAGAUAAAAAAAUUUAUAGAGAGACAGCUUUACAAACGACAAGUAGAUACAGAAUAUUACAACUUCUCCGAAAUGGAUUUUGUAUGACAGUUACAGUCUGCC